AUGACCCUGACAUUUGUGGAAAGCAGCUAUGAAAAGAUUAAUAAAACAGUUAAUACUGAUGAGUUGGUAGACUGGUCACCAUGGGAUGUAUUAGAAAUUAUACGAAAAUUAGUGAAAUUGUGGGAGUUUGACCCGAACUAUUUAGGUUUGGAUCCUUAUAAAGAAACAUUAAAAUUUGGAUAUCCUGCCGAAAAUCAUAAGGUACAAACCGACGAUGGUUAUUUGUUAACUGUGCUUCGUAUUCCUCAUGGAAAAAAUGACAAUAAUACUCAAACUAACCGCCCUAUAGCAUACUUACAUCCAGGAUUACUCUGUUCGGCAGCUUGUUUCACUGAUUAUGGACCUCCCGAUGCACUUGCGUAUUUUCUGGUCGAUGCAGGAUACGAUGUAUGGAUACCACAUCCAAGGGGCACAUCGUUUUCGAGAAAUCAUACAACAUUUAAUUCGAUGAAAGAUAAAAAGUAUUGGAAUUUUAGUUGGCAUGAAAUGGGUACAAUUGAUGUUCCAAAUACCAUUGAUUACAUAUUACAGGUAACAAAAUCAACCCAAGUAAACUAUAUCGGACAUUCACAAGGAACAACUGUUUUGUUUGUUAUGUUAUCCGAGAAUCCUGAAUAUAAUACAAAAAUUAAAGUGGCUGUGGCAUUAGCACCAAUUGCGUUUAUGGAAAAUUUAUCAAGUAGUUUAUUGAGAAAAUUAUCCAAAAUGUACCCAUUAAUUAAAGUUCUUUUAGAAUCUUUGGGUUUUUAUGGCGUAUUUCCGCACACAAAACCAUUUGCUGAUCCAGUUAUGGAUAAAUGUAACUACAACAGUACUAUCGAAGAUUUGGCAUAUUGUUCAAAAUGGCUUGAUUUUGCCGUUGGAUAUCAUCAAAAUCAAAUUGAUCCGAGAAACAUUUCCUUAUUUGCGAGCCAUUAUCCUGGUGGAGCAUCAGCUAAGCAACUGGAACAUUAUACUCAACUUAUUAACAACGGAGGAUUUACUAAAUUUAAUUCGGGGAAGAAUAUCUACGAACAAAAUACAUCGUUGUCUUAUAAUUUACAAAAUAUUAACGCAACCCUUUAUUUAAUUUAUGGUGAAAAUGAUAUUUUAUCAACUCCCAAGGAUGUAAAAAAACUACAUGAAUUUUUACCAACGUCGCAAUUACUUCCUGUAAAUUUUAGCCCAUUUUCACAUUUUGAUUUUUUGUAUGCUAAAGUUGCUCCUGACAUAUUGUAUGUAGAAAUAAUAAACAUUUUAAAUAAAUAUAAUAAAAAUGAUUUUAAAAUGAUAAUAAAAACUAUAUUUGUGCUAAUAUUUAUUGUUGGAACAUUUAGUUACGAUGAAGGAAAUUCAGAACUUGAUAAUCUGGUUGAGAUAAAUGAUAUUUUGAACACUUAUUCUUCGUUUAAUAAUUUGGGUUCAAUAAUGAGACUUCUACAUCAUGUUGUUAACAAAUGGAAAUUUAACCCCGGUGAAUUAGGAUUACCUCAAUUGGAUCACAUAAAAAGCUAUGGUUAUCCAGCCGAAGAGCAUAUUAUUGAAACUGAUGAUGGAUAUUUGUUAACCGUAAUGCGUAUACCACAUGGAAUUAAUGGAGAACAAAAACGAACAAAUCGACCUGUAGUGUAUUUACAGCCGGGACUUUAUUGCUCUGCUGGAUGCUAUAUUGAUAUUGGUGCCAAACGUGCUCUUGGAUUUUUACUUGCUGAUUUGGGCUUUGAUGUUUGGAUUGCUAAUCCCAGAGGAACUACCUAUUCCAGAAAUCAUACGACGCAUGAUUCAAUGAAUGAUAAAAAAUAUUGGCAAUUUAGUUGGCAUGAAGUAGGCUCUGUCGAUAUCCCAAAUACUAUUGACUACAUAUUAGCAAGAACUGGUCAAAAACAAGUAAACUACAUUGGACACUCUCAAGGAACUACUACGUUAUUCGUCAUGCUAUCUGAAAAACCAGAAUAUAAUGAAAAAAUUAAAGUUGCGUUUGCUUUGGCCCCAGUUGCAUUCAUGGAAAAUGUAUCACCUAGUAAUAAAUCGCAUUCUAUUCUUCGUUUGGUUAAAUUUGCUAAACCGUUAGCUAAUCUUUUAAAUAUUCUGAAGGUGUAUGAUCUUUUACCACAUAAUGAUCAUGUGGUUGCAAAUUUUACCGAAAGGUGUAAUUAUAAUACAACUGAUAGCGAUAUUGAAUAUUGCGAAAAAUUAUGGAGUUAUGUGGACGGCUUUAACCCCGAACAAAAUGAUGCGAGAGAUAUUGGUGUUAUUUUAACCCACUUUCCUGGUGGUUGUUCUGUAAAACAAUUGUUACAUUUUAGUCAACUCAUUGAAAAAGGUGGGUUUAAAAAAUAUGAUUUUGGAAUGUUAAAAAAUCGAAAAAUCUAUGGUCAAAAUAAACCUCCAGCUUAUAAUCUAUCAAACAUUAAUGCUCCUGUAUACUUAAUGUAUGGUGACAAGGAUACUUUAUCAACUCCAGAAGAUGUUAAAAUAUUACAUAAUUUGCUCCCCAGUUCAACUUUAUUCCGGGUUGAUUAUGCUAAGUUUAGACAUAGUGACUUUCUUUAUGCUAAAGACUGGAAUUAA